AAACAUCACUCAUCCCCCACCUCCACGGCCAUUGGUAGGGACCGUAGCACGGGCCGGACUCGUUUAGCCGGGUAAUUUUCCCCUCAAACACUAGCAAGAGCUCAGACAAGAAACAUCCUACCCGGUUGAUACUCCGUUCUCUCUUCGUCUGACUAGACAAUCGGUAUUUCAGUUGUUUUUUAUUUAUAUUUAUUUAAAAGUUAUCGCAGUGGGAUUCGUGACAAGUGAUUAUCUGUUCUCCCUUAUUACCAACAUCACUGAUGAUUCAUCACACAAUACUGAGGAUUUAAUGUGCUAAUAUGUGGAACAACAAUCGGAUAUGUUUGGAGCCAAUGCCACUAGCCAGUGUUGAUGGAUUAAAUUAGAUUAAGGUACAUUGAAAGUGUUGAUCGGUUGAUUAAACAAAGUGUGAAGUGUUUGGGCGUACAAUGAUGCCGCUCGCACCGACGCCAAUAGUCCCGGUACCCUCCAAGCCAAAGAUAGGCUUCAGUAUAGACUCCAUUGUUGGUGGUGGUCGUGAUGAUAGACUCGAGAGACUGCACGAGAGGGUCGAGAUGGACCGGGAUGGCAGCCCCACCGAGGUGGAGGGCUCCUCGUCGCCCCGAUCAUCUAGACGAAUUGUUCGAUCACCGGGUGCUCACUCCGAGGGAUCGGAUCGGCCUCUGUCAAGGAGCUCGUCCAUCGAGUCGUAUCCAGUGACAAGACACAAUGGACAGAUACAGAGGAGUCAUCAUCAUGUUCAAUCGCUGACGAGUCAUGUGGAUUAUGGACGAACGAGGAGUCACAGUGGUGCAUCAACACCGAAUAAUAGUCCAAGUCCACCGCACAGGAUAUCACAUGGUGAUUCACCUGGACAUCAUCAACCACCACCCGGUGUUGUCAGACCAAGUCCCAAUUACCUUGGACCACCGCCCAAUGCGGCAACUGCUGCUGCCGUCGCUAGCGAACAGAUUAAGGCACUUUAUGGUUUACCUGGUCAUCCAGCAGCACCACAACCUGGACAAACUGAAUAUCACACGCAGCAGUUUGCAUUGGCUGCCAAUUUGGCGGCUGCCCAACACUUUCAGGCAUCCAAUUUGGCUGUUGCCCUUCAGGCACAUCAUGGGGGAUCACCUCAUGGACCACCUCACAGUCCGUAUGGACACGCUGGUGGACCAGGACCACAUCCACCGCCACAUCCACAUCAACCUCCUAGGGACAGUUAUCCUUUGUUUCCUUGGCUUCUUUCGAGACAUGGGAGGCUCUUUCCUCACAGAUUUCCCGCUGGUCCGGACAUCCCAGGCUUCCUUCUGCAACCAUUCAGAAAGCCCAAGAGAAUAAGAACAGCAUUCAGUCCAAGUCAAUUAUUGAAACUCGAGCAUGCAUUUGAGAAGAACCAUUACGUUGUCGGUGCCGAAAGGAAACAGCUCGCUCAGGCGCUCUCAUUAACGGAAACACAGGUGAAAGUCUGGUUUCAAAAUCGUCGAACGAAGCACAAGCGAGUCCAGCAGGAGGAGGAAGCUAAAGCGCAACAACAAUCGGGCGGUGGCAAUAAUCCAAAUGGCAACAGCAACAAAAAUACACACCACGUUAGCAAAUGGCAACAAGACACCAGUGAUUAUCAUCACGAUGAGGAUGACGAUGAUGAGACUGAAAUGAUUGAUCCAAAAGCCGAAGACUGUUCGAGUGGUUCUGAAGCGUAGCUGGACGUCGAGAAUUUCUUGUAAAUGAUAAAUCGUUAAUCGUCCGAUGUGCGACGGGGGAGGAGACGAUUGGGUGGUAUGGUUGGGGGGCGCAGGAAGGGGGAGGGGAUAUAUUGAAGGGAUGGCCCCUUGGGAGACAGGAAAGCGAGUCAAGCGAGCAUCGGAAGUCAGUGUAAAUGGACCCCAUUGUCUGGUCAGACUGGAAACAAGACGCUAAAUGGCCACCGGAAACAACAAACUCCGAGAGUAUAAUCCUUCUUAUUUUUCAUCAGUUUGUUUGGCUCUUUUUUAUAUCCCUAAACAAUGUGAAGUUAAGCCAUAUAUUUAUAAUACCUAUUUGCGCCAUAGAGAAGGCCAUACGUGGUGUGUAAAUAGGAGACUCUAUUCAUUGACGAAUGAGCAACGAGUGCCAAAUUGAUACGAAAAAUUCAAUAACAUUGAACAUCAAGAAAAAAAAAUGUUACUCAACGAAACCAGUGUAAUAAAUAAUUGUAAGGUGUAUGUACGGAUUAGAUUCGUUGUUCCCCCAGGAUAGUAUGGAAACAGGAGCAGUAUUCAAUAUUAAAAUGUCACGGAUAGAAUGAUGAAAGAUUUAAAUUAUUUAGUGAAAAACAUAGGUAAAAGAAUUUACGAUUUAAAGUGUGUAUAUACUACUGUAAAUAGUCAAUUGUGAUUCUAACCUCGAUGGUAAAUGAAUGAGAAAUAUAUUGUACGGAUGAACGAGAAAAAAAAAGAAAA